UUUUAUAACCAAGUCUUAACCAAGUUGGUUAAACCAACUGUAAUUUACAACAUUACAUUACAUUAUAUUAAGCAACCUGUUAAGUUAAGUUAGUUAGUUGCAGGCAGCAGAAUUGUUUGACACACAGCUGUUGCUCGCUCAUUAAAUAAUAAAUAAAUAACAAUGCAUUAAAGUUAAGAAGAAGGAGACAGAUCACAAAUCGGUCCUCGUAAUAAAUAAUAUUUGUGCCUUAUAACAAGAACAAUUACUUAUCGUCUCGAUAAGACAUAAAUUAAGUGGUGUUUGUGAGUGGUGGGUGGGUGGCGUCGCCCCCUCCACGAUAAGGAUGGGUCGACCAUCCUACAUCCAACUGGGACAGGGGGACGAGGAUGACGACGACUUUGACGUGGAGGUGGGCGGAGGCGGAGGCGAAGGGGGGGAGGAGGACCAUGUUCAGGUUAUCUGGAUGGAUGGGGAGGGACGUUUGGAAGGGUAUCGACAAACCAGACUGCGCCGAAUGGUGUUUAUCCUCCUAAACGUGGUGACCUUUGGGGUGCCUUGGUUAAUUAUUGCGGCCCUCAGGCCCAAACUGUUGCUGACCUUGGAGGGAAAAAGGGUCGAGUUGAGGAGGUCAGAGAAGGUCUUGUUGACCACGUUUGGACAAAAUAACGAAGUCCAAGACGAAGCCAUUUGUCCCGUAGUUUGGACCAGGAACAGAGUGGACGAUGGUGGUGGCGGUGGUGGGGGUCGGAGGAGACCAUCCCCCAUGGAAGAAUAUCAGCAUGAUUCUCACCUCACCAAACAUGACGACGAUUCGACGACCCAUCUCCUCCCAGAAUCUGGUAGGACUCCUCCUCCGAACGAUCGCUACUUUAUCCACCGUCACCACAAGUGGGUGUGGGACGAGGGGGAGGGUCACUUCCGGCGCUUGGAGGGGCUCGAGAGACUCACCUGUAACGAAAUCCUCACCCGCUAUGGGGAAGGGUUGAGUGGGGAGGGCGAGAGGGAGGCGGGACGUUCCCUCCACGGCCCGAACAGUAUGGAAGUUGAGGUCAAGAGUUGGCCAUCCCUUUUGAAGGAGGAGGUGCUGAACCCCUUCUACAUUUUCCAACUGGGAUCCGUCAUCCUCUGGUGUUUGGACGACUACACGUACUACGCGUCCUGCGUCCUCGUCAUUUCCGCCCUCUCCAUCGGCAUCGCCCUCGUCGAGACGCGCAGACAGGCCGAAAUGGUGCGACGGAUGGCCGCCACGUCGGAAGUGGGCAGCGUUCGGGUGCGGAUGCGCGGUCACGAGGGGGGCGUGCUGGUCAGCAGUAAGGAUUUGGUGCCGGGGGACGUGCUCCUCAUCCCCCGCGAGGGCUGCGUCCUUCCCUGCGACGCGGUGUUGACGGGGGGCAGUUGUCUCGUGAAUGAAGGUCUCCUCACGGGAGAGUCGACGCCGGUGCAGAAAAGCGCCCUCCUCGCGGUGGACGACGUUUGGGGGGAGGAGAAGCAUCGGCGCCACACGCUCUUCGGAGGGACGGAGGUUCUGCAGACGAGAUACUAUUUGGGCGCGAGUGUGACUGCGGUGGUGGUGCGGACCGGGUUCAACACGGCGAAAGGCGAGCUCAUCCAUUCCAUCCUCUUCCCGAAACCUUUGGGAUUUCAGUUUUACGCGGACGCCUUAAAAUUUGUCGGCGUCCUUUUCAUCCUCGCCUCGAUCGGGAUGACGUACUGCGUCUGGAUUUAUGUCGAGCGAGGGGCAUCCUGGAGCGUCACCCUCCUGCGAGUCCUGGACAUUUUGACGAUCGUGGUGCCUCCCGCGCUCCCCGCCGCCAUGACCGUGGGCACCGUGUACGCGCAGGCGCGGCUGAAACGAGCCUCCAUCUUCUGCACGUCUCCACCCAGGAUAAACUUUUGUGGGAAGUUGGGUCUCAUCUGCUUCGAUAAAACGGGAACAUUGACGGAGGAAGGCCUGGACAUGUGGGGCGUCGUUCCUGUGACGGGGAAGGAGCCCUGCGUCCAGUUUUGCGACCCCCUCCACCAUCCCAACAGCCUCGGGGAUGAGUCCGACCUCCUCCGCGCCAUGGCCGCGUGCCAUUCGCUCACCCACAUUCACGGCCGCUUGGUAGGGGACCCUCUCGACUUGAAAAUGUUCGAGGGGACGGGGUGGGAGUUGGAGGAACCCAUAGCGAGCGGUGUCGAGGAAACCUGCAAAUUCGACGUUCUCACUCCCACCAUCGUAAAAAGCGGACGCCGCCGUUCGAUCGAACUCGGAAUUUUACGCGAGCUCGAAUUCACUCCUCAACUCCAACGAAUGUCCGUCAUCGUCCGCUCCUCCUCCUCCUCCGAAAUGGUUCUCUACUGCAAAGGCGCGCCCGAACAGAUCCGCGCGCUCUGUCUGGCCUCCACCAUCCCCACCAAUUACGACGACACGCUCGACUCCUACACCGUGCGCGGGUAUCGCGUCCUCGGUCUCGGCAUGCGACCACUCCGCAACCUCAAAUGGCACCAGCUCCAGCGCGCCCCACGACCCGGGCUGGAAGAAAACUUGACCUUUCUGGGCUUCCUCGUGAUGCAGAACAGCGUGAAGGGCGCGAGCAUGGGCGUCAUCCGCGAACUGACGGCGGCCCGUCUGCGCUCCGUGAUGGUGACGGGAGACAACAUGCUGACCGCGGUGAGUGUCGCGAGAGAGUGCGGCAUUGUGGGGGAGGGUGUCCGCGUGGUGGUGGUGGGCGUGGGGGACGAUGGCGCGGUGACGUUUAGAGGGGAGGGGAGAAAGGGGGACGAGGGGGAUGAAGGGGAAGGGGACGACGAGGGUGGUGGGGGUGGGGGAGGGAACUAUGUCUUCGUGCUGGGCGGGACGUGGAGCGCGUUGGUGGAACAAGGCGAGGACAAAGUGCUGGACAGGAUCGUCGCGAAAGGGGCCGUUUAUGCCAGGAUGAGUCCGGAGAAUAAGAGUCAGCUCGUCGAAAGGUUGCAGGGGAUUGGAUAUGUGGUUGGAAUGUGCGGCGACGGUGCGAACGACUGUUCCGCCUUGAAAACUGCGCACGUGGGCAUUUCCCUCUCCGAAGCGGAAGCCUCCGUCGCGGCGCCCUUCACCUCGAAAGUUGGGGACAUUUCUUGCGUGCCAAAGUUGAUUCGGGAAGGUCGUUGCGCGUUGGUGACGUCGUUCGGGAUCUUCAAGUACAUGGCGCUCUACUCGAUGGUGCAGUUCUCCUCGGUCCUCAUCUUGUACAGGCACAAAACGAACCUGGCGGAUACUCAAUUUCUCUGGGUGGACUUGGGGAUCACGACGUCGAUCGCGAUCGUGAUGGGGAGGACGGAGCCGGCCGCCACCCUCGUGCCCGACCGACCCUCCGCCAGCCUCGUCUCCCUCAGAAACAUCUUCUCCAUUCUCGCCCAAGUCGUCGUCGCGGCGGGCGUGCAGGCUUUUGCGAUGGAGCUGUUGGAAAGAGAGGUGUGGUUCCACGCCCUGACGCCACCCUCGGCCGACCAACUGAUAACGCUUUGUUGGGAGACGACGACGAUCUUCUCGGUCUCCUCCUUCCAGUACUUGAUCUUGGCUGUCGUCUUCUCAAAGGGGCCGCCAUUUAGGAAACCCUUCUAUAUGAAUGGUGCGUUCGUGGCGGUGGUGUUAGUUUUGGGGUUGGUGACGCUGAUCUUGGCUGCACAUCCGCCCUCCUUCCUCUCCUCCUUCUUUCACCUGAUGCCCGUCGGGGGGAGUGGGGACAGUCCGACGGACAAGUUUCGACUCAGACUCCUCAUCCUCCCAGUCUUCAACUUGACCCUGUCUCUCUUCUUGGAGGGAUCCUGGGUACAAGGUGGUGUCAAACGGCUGGGUCAUUGUCUUGGAGGGAAGAACAAGAAGAAGAGCGCGUACAAGAGGAUCUUAUACGAGCUGGAAAUGGACGUCGCCUGGCCCCCGUUGACCACUGAGGGAAAAAGCAAGACAAGAAAUGGAAGUGCCAAUGGCGACACCACCACCGUUAAUCUGGUCGGAUGAGACAAUAAGCAGUUACAACAAUGAGAUUUAACAUUUGUCUCAUUCAGGACAAGUUCACGUUCACUUGACUCGAUGACCCAUCCUCAAAAUCAGCACGUUUUCAAUCAGUUCUCCGCUCUGGGAAUUUAUUUUAAAAUUCUGAACAAUAAAUUUGUAGAGCAGGUCGUUCCCAUAAUUUUAAAAAUAUACACUCCAAAUUUCGACACUUUUUGUACGAGGAGAUCUCAAGUUUAGGAAGCCUUCAGAAAAAUAGGAACUCAUCUAAACUGGUUUAAAAAACUCAACACCAUUCCAUUAAUCAACUCACUGACUACAUAUUUGUCCUCCAGAAUUAAAAUAUUUAACUUCCCAGAGCAGAGAACUGAUUAAAAAUUUGCUGAUUUUGACGACUUUUUGACGAGUCAUCAAGUUCUUAGUUAGCUAAGUUAGCUUGUCAAGUUUGCAAAAAUAUUGUUAAACAUUUGCUAACUUCCGCCAGUUUCUAAAUAGUUUGCAAACAUGUUACGGUACGAAUUCUAGUGAAUCCCCCGAAUUAGUGAGCUCUUGUACUUAUUUAUUUUAGGAUAGAGUGUUAGCUAGAGGGACUUGAGUUGCAUAUAAUAUUUGAGAAAACAUGACAAGACGAAAGAAAAUGGGGCUCUCACCUCACGUGUUGCAUGCUGAGCGAGUAGAGUUACAUAUUUAGUCAAGAAGAAGCAGGGACUUGAAAAUAAAAGACUUUUUUAUACACAACUUAUCAUUAUGCUAGUCGUUUUUGUAAUAAAGAUGAAAUUAGUAACAAUAAAUAAUUAUAUUCAAGUAGUUAAUACGGA